AUGCUAUUCACUUAUCAAUUUUUGAUUUUAUUCUUUACAAUUUUAUCAACUUCUUUUGCUAAGUUAUAUCCUAUUCAAUUAUACGUUGAUUCAAACAAUAAAACAAUAGACGAUCAUGGUUUACAAACAUAUCAAGAAACGAAUAACGUCUAUUGGUUCUUCUUGAACAAUCAACAAGCAAGAAGAUUAAUUUAUGAUGAUAAUACAAGACGAAUUUAUUGGCAAGAUAAUUCACAAAGAAGAUUCUUUUUCAAAUUAAGUAAUAAUGUUUUAUUAACAUCUCCAGGUGAUGGAACAAGAAUAUAUAUUGACUAUAAAACUUAUAGAUUAUCAUUCAACCAAGAUAAUCGUUUAUACGCCGUUAAGAAUGUUGGCGAUCCACAAAAUAUUUCAAGAACAAGAUAUGCUAUAAAAUACUAUGCUACUAAUAAUCAAGUACCAAGAGAUGCAAUCAAGAUAAAUUACCUAUAUGCUAAAUUUAUUUAA